GCCAGGCUUGCCCUAAAACCACUGCUGCGCAAGUUCUGCUUUGAAUUGUACUUUGUGAGACAAGUAGUGAGAAGGUUCUGCAAAAAACUUGCUGUGUCAGUGGAUGGUUCACAAGGUGGUAGGCAGAUCGUGCAUGGUUUCAUAGAGGCUGUCUCAGGUUUAUAACAAGAACAGAAACUAAUCUGGUUUUAGCAGCGAUUUUUUUAACAUCAGUUUAGUAGUCGACUGGCAUUUAGAGAGAAUUUCAUACUUCAUUUCCACUAUUUGAUUAGCAAAAUGAAGCCUGCAAAGCUGCACUAUUGGAUUCUGGGUUGGUUUUCUAUGGCAUUAUGUUGUUGGUGUACUUCAGAUAAAUUCACACAAAGUGACAACCACCCUCAUACCUGGAAAAAGCUCUAUCUUGCUCAUCAUUGGCCAGUGACUGUAUGUAAGAUGAGUGAUCAUGAUUGUCAAGACCCUCCAGAGUACUGGACAAUCCAUGGACUGUGGCCUGACAAAACUGAAGAGUGUAAUAGGACGUGGCAUUUCAAUGUCACCGAGAUUAAGGAUCUUAUGUCAGACAUGAGACGCUAUUGGCCUGAUGUGCUUCAUUCGUCUCUGAAUCGCACCCAGUUCUGGAAACAUGAGUGGGAGAAACAUGGCACUUGUGCAGCCACACUUCCGGUCCUUAAUUCUCAGAAGAAAUACUUCGGUAAAGCUUUAGAACUCUACCAGCACGUUGAUCUUAACAGUUGUCUCCUGAAAGCUGGGAUAAAGCCAAGCAGUUCAUAUUACCAGAUGAAUGCAAUAAAGGAAGCUCUUACAAGAUUUUAUGGUGUAACGCCAAAGAUCCAAUGUCUUCCUCCAGAAGAGGGUGAAAAAGCACAAACAAUUGGUCAGAUUGAAUUCUGCUUCACCAAAGAACUGCAGCUGAGAAACUGCACGGCGCCGAAGGGUGACUCCGACCCAAUGCAGGCUGACCUGAAGCUUGGAACUGAGGAGCUGUCUGUCUGCAGUGAUACCCUCCCAACCUAUUAUCCUUCACAGGUCCAAGAUCACAAAUGAAGCUAUAAGAGUUUGAAAAACUCUUUAAACAGCAACAAAACCUUUAAACAUUAUGCCUUGGAAAGCAGUCUUGACUUAGCAAUAUUACAAAGCCCUGUCCAUAUCACAGGCAUGCUGUGAAGAUUUCUGCUGGAAAACACACUUCUUUUGCCAUUAAAGAAGAAUGGUCCGCAUCGUGAUAUCAGUUACACAGGCUGAAGUAUUGAAUUGUGGCUCUGAUAUUGAUGGGAUCAGAAUCUGAUUUACAGUUUUGCCUGGACUUUUCGGGUUGCUUAUGGUUUGAAUCAAUGUUCAAAAGAGAACUGUGACUUCUUAGUUUCACUUGCAGUUAGGUCUGCCACUUCAGCCACUUUUGGUUUUUGCCAGUGAGUCAGGGAAAUUAAGUCAUUCUUUGUUUUGAAAGGGUGCUUGUCCCUCUGAGAUGAGAUGACAAUUUCUUGAGAAGAAAAUACUGUAAACAAAAAGAACUUAGAAACCUGUCUGGAGGUCCUUUCCCAGACAUAAUACCCACUGCCUUGCAUAAAUUUGCUCUCCAGAAGUGCUGAACAGAGGCCACGUCCUCUAAGGCAUUAAACCUUUCCUCACUUAGAGAUCACGGCGGACCAAAGAUGACAACUUUUGCAUAACUUCUUAGUGAAUGAAACAACAUUCACCAGGUUUUGGCACUUCUGCCGAAAGGACCCCAGGAAGACUGUAUUUGUAGCCUUACCUAUUCUUUGAUUGAUUUUCCUACAGUAGCUCCAUAGAGUCUUGAAAAACAACCAAUCUUAGAACUUACUUGCUAGUACAGGAAAAUGUUAGGCCCUAGAAAUACGUUGUUAUUAAGUUUUCAUUGUAUUUGAACAUUUAGCAUUACCACACGUGUGAGUGCCUGCAUUUUUAUUUAAAUAUGAGAUUAUCACAUAAUCACUUUGUUCCAAGAAACAGCUUUUUAUAGGUGAAACAGUAAAUACUACAGGAUUUUCAGUGAAAAGUACAAAUGUUAGCAGUAGUGCAUCUCUAUCCCAGAAUAAUUAAUAACAUGCCACAAAGCUGGAUGUUUCCAAAGGGGACCAAAUUUGGAUGACAUCCUCUACAUAGUGCUGUGUUGAUGUAAGUGUCUCAAAUUGUCUUUCAAAGAAAGACAAUUACGGCUCAAGGAACCAUCUGUUAGAAGAAUAUUACUGUGGAUACAUGAAAUGCGGUGUUAGGAACAAAUUUGUUAUGGCUUUUGGGGUUAGAAACCAUUCACAUUUACUCUCCUUUUUGACUGUCCCUGUUUCUCUACCACCUUUCAUUUAAGGCUCUGUUACCUUGCCAUUCUAGAAUGCUGUCAGUUUUUUAGUCCUUUCUUUAGAAACUCGGAUAUUUAUUUAUUUUAACAGUUAAGAAAUUAGUAUGAUCUGCACUCUGUUGUAUCUGUAAUUCAGUAGAGGGAGGGCUUCUCUUUCAAAAUUUGUCUUCCUUCCCGAGAGGGGGAAUAUACUAAUGUAUACUAAUACUAAAUAGUAAUGAGAUCUAGUGUUUUUAUAGUAGCCAUGGCAUGUUCAGGUCAUGUUGAACAUGACCAGAAGAAUCACAAUUCUUCAUUCCCCCAUUUCUGCCAUCUUGUUCUAAGCAAGAAAAAGUAGGGAGACUGAACUAAAAUGCUUAAAAGGACUAGAAUGUUCUUGUUUUUUGUGGAAUCUUUUUGAGAUCACUAAUAUUUUUUUCCUUCUAAUUACAAAAAUUAUCUUAGCCUAAAGAAAACAAAUACUUGUUGGAAAAAAUGCAUUUCUCUGCGAAGGAGCAGCCCAAGGCUCAUGUAUUUUUUUUAAACUCUCUCUCCAACUCUUUCAAAUAGUGCUUAGAUGGUGCGUAGGUUUGGGGUGGACUACAUAGAGUGCAAACAACUUAGAAUGGACAUUAAUUUACAAUUCAUGUCAUAAGGGUUGUUUGGUUUUUUUUUUAGAGCAGCAAGACUCACCUUUUCCUCAAAAUUGUGCUUUUUUUUAAUGGUUUGGAUUUUUUUUGUCCUUUGGCGAAGUGCCUUGUUCUCCUUUUCCUUUCAAAGUUCUGAGAGUGCAGUGCCAUAUCCUUGCUUGUUAAGCUAAUCAGCAGUGAGGGAAGUGGAAACAGAGGUUGGGAAUUACUAUCAGUAGCAUUGGUUCUUGCACAGACAUACGCUUAAUGGAAGCUCAAAUCAAUAGCCUGUUUGUUGCUUUUUUUUAAUUGCAGUGUAAAUUUUAUUCUUUUUUAUAAUGCCAAAUAAUGCUUAGGGAGACAAAAUAUACAGUAUGAGUUCUCUGCAGUUCAAGUGACAUGAGGAAAAACUUCUUUACUGAAAGAGUGGUUAAACGUUGGAAGAGGCUGCCCAGGGAAGUG